GGCCUGGACCAACAUCAAGUACCACUACCGCCGUCAGUUUAUCUCCCUCGAACCGGUCCAGCACAACCCAACAACCUUUCGCAACACGAGGCAUAUCUACACCUACACCUACACAAGUUAGCUGAGCCCGGUCUUUGCUGGCAAUAAUCGUCCGCCUCACACUCCUUUGGCCGGUACCAUCACACGUUUUUUGCCGUUACCCUGGUUUUGGUAAACGAAGGUUUCUUCUCAUCCAGAACCCUUCCCCCCAUCUUUCCCUCAAUAUUAGAACUACAACAAACAUAAACCGUAUUCACAGACAGGGUCUAUAAUCCAUAAUGGCUCCUCCAUCUACACGACCGGAGCAUCAGAUUAAUCACAAUUAUCUGCCACAGCUCACCUCCCAGCCGCCGCGUUCGGGCUCCUCCACCGCGGCUACCUCGCCCAUCGAACCCCCAUCUGGCGGCCAGAUUCGCUUCCCAGCCCCUACUUCGAAUGCUCCCGCCAACUUGGGAAGUGCAACCGCCGGUGUGAGGUUGGGUGCGGGGUCCCCUUCGCAUGAAUUCGGUGGUAGUGGCAGGUUAUUUUCCAAACGCGCACGCGAGAUCCAAGCUCAGGAAGGGCUUACUCCUCAACUAUGGGGUCCUCCCACCAGCGGCAACUCCACACCUCUCCGUGAGACCAUCCCCGAAUCGCCAAAUGGUGAAAGCUUCCCAGACUUCAACCAGACCAUGCCGGACGCCGCUGCAGCUACCCAGACUUCCACUCGUCGCGCCCGCGCUGGCACCCUGCCAUCGAGGUUCUCUGCCUCGACCGCAACGGGCGGAUUGCUCCCCAUGCCGUCUUCGUCUCUCAUCCCCAAGACUGCUCGCCCGACACCUUCGACGAGCCCGUUCAAGCCAGGCUCUGGCGCUCCAGGUGAUGCUUCCAACUUCCCCGCUGGGGCAAACAACGCUGCCGCCAAAUCUGCACUACUGUCACGUCUUCGAGCAGGUUCGAUGCCUCAGCGACCUGGCUACAUCCCCCCGGUAUCCUCUCCCUUUGGCAAUUCCAUCUUCUCUUCCGGCUGGUCCAGCAACCGAGAGAGGAGCAGCACUCUGCAGAGCAUCCAGUCGCAGCCUUCCAACGGUCCUGCAUCGCCCAACUCGUCUUUCUCUAGGGAUUCCCUCGCGGAUACCGACGUCAAGACUCUCGACUACCUCGGCCUCGUAGACACACCUCAGCCUGCCCGUGCCACCCUUGCCCCCUCUGAUAUCGAACUUCUCCUCGAGGGUCAAAGGAAUGCCUUUAGUCAAAAUCUCAACAAUACUGCUAAUCGAUUCCGCUCCUAUUCUGUCAAUGCUAAGGAGAAGUAUGCCGAUGACGAGGACGAACUUGACCCUGCUUACGCUGGCAACUACAGCGGCACGUUGACUCCCUCGGAUCAAGCGUAUGCCCUCCAGGAGGCUGUCCGUCAGCACAACCUCGAGGUGCAGGCCUUUGCCAACAUGGCGAACGCAUCGCGCCCGCGUGCCCGCACUGCUGGUGUCUUGGAUUCCCCCUCUUCGAGAUUGAUGCGUAGCUAUCUGCCAACUCCUUCCCGUCUGGACAGCAGCCUCACCGCAGCUGACUUGACGGAAGAGGCCGAGUACAAUCUUACCGAGGCCGUCAAGAAUCUACAGCUCGGUGGCAAGUCCACUCCCAACCUAGGUGAUGACAACACCUUGGAGGGCCCAACCCGUGCUCUAUGGCUCGGCAACAUUCCAUCUUCUACCACUGUUUCGUCGCUGAACGUCAUCUUCAACAACUAUGGCCCAAUUGAAUCCACCAGGGUGUUAACUCACAAGAACUGUGGAUUCGUCAACUUUGAAAACAUCGACAGUGCCGUUCAGGCCAAGUCUACACUCAACGGAAAGGAGAUCUUCCCCGGUGCAGGACCCGUCCGCAUUGGCUACGCAAAAGUGCCGAGUGCAGCACCAACACCCGGACCCGGUGGCCUAUAUCCGUCCCCCAGCCCAGAUCCUCACGCCAAAGCUCAAGGCGACAAUGCAACCAACGCAUCCGCAGGCAACGCUAACGCCAAUGGUGCCCGAGCUGAAAAUGUAACUGCACCAUUGACCACUCCCGAAUUGCCCGACAUCCGUGCCGACAUCGUCCAGAUCGUGAAAGACUUGGGCGCCACUGAUGAAGAGCAAACGAGCAUUGCCGCCCAUGUGGAGCAGGCCAUCCAGCAUGGUACAUACAUUGACGAGAUUCCUCCUAUCGAGGAACCUAGCCACAGCCGCGUUCACGAUGCCCCUCGCCUCCGUGAGAUUCGCAAGCGCAUUGACAACAAUUCUUGCUCUGCGGCUGAGAUCGAGGAGAUCGCAACCAACAUGCUACCGGAGAUUGCAGAGCUUGCCUCUGAUUAUCUAGGAAACACGGUGGUGCAAAAGCUCUUCGAGUACUGCUCUGAGCCCACCAAGGAGGCCAUGUUGCGCGAGAUUGCUCCUCAUCUCGCCAAGAUUGGCGUCCACAAGAACGGAACCUGGGCUGCCCAGAAGAUCAUCGACGUGGCCAGGACUCCGACUCUGCAGAAGAUGGUUGUUGACUCUCUCCGACCAUACGCAGUCUCUUUGUUCCUUGACCAAUUCGGCAACUACGUCAUGCAAGGUUGCCUCCGAUAUCAGACUCCGAUGAACAACUUCAUCUUUGAAGCCAUGCUGAACCGACUUUGGGAUCUCGCCCAAGGCCGUUUUGGAGCUCGUGCCAUGCGAGCUUGCUUGGAGAGCCAUUACGCCAGCAAGGAUCAGCAGCGUAUGGUCGCCGCUGCCAUUGCUUUACACAGUGUCCAGCUGGCUACUAAUGCCAAUGGCGCCUUGCUAUUGACUUGGUUCCUUGAUACCUGCACUUUCCCGCGUAGGCGAACCGUUCUCGCACCUCGCCUUGUGCCCCACCUCGUCCAUCUCUGCACACACAAGGUUGCCUACUUGACCGUCCUCAAGAUCAUCAACCAACGCAACGAGACCGAAGCACGCGACACCAUACUGCAGGCUUUGUUCUUCUCGCCCAACGAUCAAGUUUUGGAAGACAUUCUCGCGGACCAGAACUGUGGCGCCACUCUUAUCUUCAAGGUCUUGACCACUCCUUUCUUUGAUGAACAGAUCCGCGCAGACGUCGUCCAAAAUGUCCGCAAUGUUCUGGUACGCAUCAAGGCACAGCCAGCCCAGGGGUACAAGCGUUUGAUGGACGAGGUCAAUCUGUCCACUCGCACCGGAGGCGCCAGCGGUCACCGUGACCAUUCCGCCACCCGCCCAGGUUCCUCAAAGGACAGCCCCGCGAGCACCCACGCCGAUCCCGCCAUGCGACAGUUCUACCCUGGUGUGGCACCUGCUGGCUUUGAUCCAAUUGCACUUCAGCGCACUGCUAGCAUGGACUCGAACGGUCUGGAGCAAUUCCCCAUGGGUGUCAAUGGACCCAUGUUCAUGCCAGGAAUGGUCGCCACCACCCCACAACAGUUGCAAUACCAGCAGCUGCUCGCACAAGCCUCCAGGAAUGGUCAGUUCUAUCCCCAGAUGAACGGCUUUCAGCCGCCAGCUGGAGGCAUGGAUGGAUUUCGAAACAUGCCGCCCGGAGGUGCUCCAGGGUUCGCUGGAUCGCCAAUGAUGCAACCUGCUACCAUGGCCCAGGGCAUGGGUGGAGCACCAAUGUACCCAUACAACAUGUACGUUCCGCAACAGCAGCAGCAGGCCCAGCCCGUUGGCCGACGUGGACGACGGUAAUUGACAUCCAUGCCUCUUGCUGUCAUCGGUAGAACCUUUCACCGCCGCAUGACAUGAAAAAGUAUACUUUGGAUCUAUACAUUGUCGAAACCACCAACCCCUUGAUCAACAUUCAAUGCAUCAAUCUGAAUCGAUACAUACCCACGUCUGCCUUGUGUCUUUCAGCAAUUGUGUUAGCAUAUCGCAUUAGCAUUCUCGUCUCAAUUUCUCGCACCCCAAGAACAACGGCUCUGAUUUGCCACCAUCCACCGCCAUUUCCUUUGUCGUUUCAAGAGCUGCACAGGCAGAGAGAAGGGAGCAGGACUGCCUUAGCCUCUCGAACCA